AUGUCUGCUUGGUCCGCGCUGAAACGACAUGCCGGCCGCAAUCAAACGGGUCCCAUGGAGGACUUCGACGUGACUGACGAGCAGGAGCAGAGCGCCAUCGCGCGGGCUCUCGCCAACGCGUACAACGCCAGCUCCAUUAAGAGCAGCCCCGCUAUUCUCUCUCAUCCAGCCGACGUUUCCCACAGCGCGUACCUCCCCUCGCCGUCUCCCAAGGGCAUGGCGUCCGCGCCGCUCUACACGCGCAACCGCAGCUCCGUGUCUCAGAAUACCAAUCCCGGUCCCCUUUACGUCCCGCGCCACGUCAGCUCCGGCCGAACUUCAGAGCAUGCUUCCGGCAGCAGCAACGGUCGCACGAUGACGUCAUCCUCGUUCAAAAUGCGUGAAGUCACCAUCCGCGAAUAUUCUGUCGAAGAUUCGCUUCCAGAUAAUCUUGGGAGCAUCAUGGGUGCGCCUCCGCAGUUCCCGCGCAUGACUCACUCCAGCCCGCACAUCGAGCCGCCGGCGCCGACUUACACUCGCCGGUCGGCCGCCAGCCGGUCGAACGGCCCUGCCGACAUCGGCAGCAGCGUUCCUAACUUCCCCACGCAGCCAUUGGUCUCCCAGUCCGUGCCACGUCAGCCUGGCCUCGGUCUCCCCCAAUCAGAGCAAUCCGCGGGGAGUCAAACUUCUCGCUACACGAACAUUGCUAUCAAGCCAGGGAUGGCUUACCAGCCGCGAUCGGCGCGCGGAGGGCAGUCGAAGCCUGCGUACAACACCGGAGCAUCGUCGUACGUCCCGGCGGAGCGCAUGGACGAUGCUGGAAGCGACGGACGCUGGUCGCACAACAGUCGCUCAAUGAGCUCCAACGGCGGGGGCCUGCUCCCGAAUCCCACGGACGUAUCGGGUGCGUCCACUUGGACGCGGCAAUCCAGUAGCAUGCCGUACUGGUCUGCGCAGGCGCCUAUGGGUGCGAUGCCAUCCAGCCGGCCCGUGUCUGGCUCGUUCGCCGGCGGUAGGGUUGGUGGUGGGGUAGCUCCUGGCAUGGGUGCUGGCGGAGAUCCUAAGGGCAAGCAGUGCCGCACGGAGCUGGAGGAGGACGUGUCCGCGGCUGAGGCGACGACCCGUCAAAUGCUCAACCACCUCUCCGUCGCUGAUCGUCUGCCCGUCAGCCAUUGUGCACCACGCCUCGAACGCGGACGGUUCAAAACUAUCCCGUUGACGAUUCUGAACGAGGAUGCGCCUUUCACGGCCAGACGCGCCAAGCCCGCUGCUGCGCCCGCCGCCCGUCCCGCUGCCCCGCUCCGCCCGCACUCGUCUCCCGCCGAUCGUCCGCGUCCUUCGCCUGGCAGCGGGAGGGGCGGCGGAAGAACCGGUGCGAAUAGCGGCGUCCGCUUGCCAAUGAAGAGCGAGCCGCGCCACGCGUCCGAUGACGACGACGACGUGCCGCUGGGAAAGCUAGCGGCCGGAGCGGGAUCGGCGCCUCGGCCGGGGGAUAAACGGCCAGCGGAGCGGUAUCCGGGGAACGGGGGAGCGCGGGACGGCAGCGGCGGGGGUCGCGACGGACCGAGCCCCGCGGAAAAGCGGGCGAAGGCUGAACCUGUGACUGUAAAGCGGGAAACCGAUCCGCGCGGUUCUAGGGACGGGGGAAACGCGGGGAACGGGUCCGGCGGGGCGGGGAGGGUGAAACCCGAACGGGCAGAUGAGGACGACGAGAAGCCGAUUAGGAGCUUGCGUCCGGGCAGCGGGCAGGGUAGCGGGCAGGGUAGCGGGCAGGGCAGCAGACAGGGCAGCGGGCAGGGCAGCGGGCCGGGCAGGGGGGUGAAGAAAGAGGAGAAGGCGGAGAGCGAAGAGGAGGACGAGGAGGGGAGUGAGGAGGAGGGGAGCGAGGAGGAGGGGAGUGAUGAAGAGGGGAGCGAGGAGGAGGGGAGCGAGGAGGAGAGCGAGUCUGAAAGCGAUGAGGACGUGCCUCUAGCCAAGCGAGCCGGGGCGGGUGGGGCCGCUGGUGGUGCUGCCGGUGCAAAGCCGGGUGCCAGAGCGCCGGCCAAGACACCGACAAAGCCAGCAGGGAAGGGCGCGGCAAAAGGCAGUGCGGCUGGAGGGGCGAAGAAGGGGAAGAAGGAGGACAACUCGGUGAAGUGGAAGACGCUUUCCCAUAAUGGCGUGAUCUUCCCGCCGCCCUACACGCCCCACGGCGUGAAGAUGCUGUACAAUGGCAAGCCCGUCGACCUCACUCCCGCCCAGGAAGAGGUAGCCACCAUGUUUGCAGUGAUGCGGGAGACAGAGUACGCGACGAAGCCGGUGUUCCUGAAGAACUUUUGGAACGACUGGCGCAAGAUAUUGGGGCCUAGGCACGUGAUUCAGAAGCUGGAGCUGUGCGACUUCACACCCAUCUGGGACUGGCACCUGGCGGAGAAGGAGAAGAAGAAACAGAUGACGUCAGAGGAGAAAAAGGCCCUGAAGGAGGAGAAGCUUAAGGCAGAGGAGAAGUACAUGCAUGCAGUGAUCGAUGGGCUGAAGGAGAAGGUCGGCAAUUUCCGGGUGGAACCUCCAGGGCUGUUCAGAGGGCGGGGCGAGCAUCCUAAGAUGGGCAAGCUAAAGCGGCGGAUAAUGCCAGAAGACAUUGUGAUCAACAUUGGAAAGGAGGCACCCGUGCCUGAAUGCCCCAUACCCGGCCACAGGUGGAAGGAGGUGCGGCACGACAACACGGUGACGUGGCUGGCGUACUGGUUUGACCCGAUCAACCAGAAGGACUUCAAAUACGUCUUCCUCGCUCCCAGCAGCCGCCUCAAGGGGCUGUCGGACAAGGAGAAAUAUGAGAAGGCACGGAAGCUCAAGGACCACAUAGGCAAGAUCCGUGCCACCUACACGAAGCACUUCACAUCCAAGGACGACCAGAUUCGACAGGUGGCCGUUGCCACAUACCUCAUCGACCGGCUGGCACUGAGAGCAGGGAAUGAGAAGGACGAUGACGAGGCGGACACGGUGGGUUGCUGCUCGCUCAAAGUGGAGCACGUCACGCUCGUGCCGCCCUCCUCGUUGCAGUUUGACUUCUUGGGUAAGGACUCGAUCCGCUAUUUCAACACAGUCGAAGUGGAGCCGCUCGUGUACAAGGCGAUAGGGACGUUCAGGAAGGGCAAGAAGAAGGACGAGGACCUGUUUGACAAGCUGGACACCACGAAGCUCAACUCGCACCUCAAGGAGAUCAUGCCCGGGCUCACUGCGAAAGUCUUCCGUACCUACAACGCGUCCAUUACGCUUGACACACUGCUGCAAGACACGGUAGGGAGUCUGGUGGUGGAGAAGGUGGCGGACUACCAGCGCGCCAACAAGGAGGUGGCAAUUCUGUGCAAUCAUCAGCGCGCCGUGUCCAAGGCGCACUCGGCGCAGAUGGAGAAGAUGCAAGCCAAACUGAAGGAGCUGGAGGACGCCGUUGAGGAGAUGGAGGAGGAUUUGGAUCGAGCACAGAAGGGGAAGCCGCCUGUGAAGAGAGAAGGCGAGGGCGCCAGGAAGGUCAACCCUGAAGUACUCGAGAAGAAGCUGGCACAAUCCAAGGCACGGCUGGAGAAGAUGAAGUUAGACAUGAGCAUAAAGGACGAGCUCAAGACGGUGGCGCUGGGCACAUCGAAGAUCAACUACAUGGACCCGCGCAUCACCAUCGCCUGGUGCAAGCGCCACGAGGUGCCUAUAGAGAAGAUCUUCAACAAGUCGCUGCUUGCCAAGUUCGGAUGGGCCAUGGAUAUCUUCAACAAGUCGUUGCUUGCCAAGUUUGGAUGGGCCAUGGAUGUCUCUCCUCUCCGGACUUCCGCGUCUAGCAACACACUCUUCCCUUUUCCUUGCCCCCCUUCCCCUGCGUGCCUGCCGCCCCUCUAUUGUCACCCAUCCACGCAGAUCUUCAACAAGUCGCUGCUUGCCAAGUUCGGAUGGGCCAUGGAUGUCUCUCCGGAUUUCCGAUUCUAA